GCGUUUCCCGGCGCUGUUGUUCCACGUGCGUAAAUGUGCGCAGCUCCGCUCCUUGGAGACGUUCUUGCAUCCUGCUGCUGUCAGUUACCAUGGUGAUCCUCCACAAAACGUAUGUAGACAAACUGCAGAACUACAACGUUUUAAAUAACCGUACAGCGGUGGGACAUCGUCGGGGAUUUUAUUUUGAAUCUCCGUGUUUGCGCUCUCGCCGACGUACCGGAUGCUGUAGCGCUCCGUGUCGCUGCAGUGUUGCGCUUUCCUGUUUACGGGCGGGAAGAGCGAACUGUGGAGCUACUGUGUUUAAAUCGGCAGCACCGUUCUUUUAAUUCUCCUUCAUGCUAAGGGUUUGCACGUUUUGAUGAUUCACGGGGCGCUGCGAGGUCAAGUGUAUACGUUUUAGGCGGACCGCUGCUGAAAACUAAGGGGAUUUUUGGAGACGCAGGGGCAGAUGGAGGAUCCUCCAGCAGAUUCUGGUGGUGGUGGUGGUGGCGGCGGCGGCAGUGCAGCAGCGGAGGGGCCCGCGGUGCAGGUGGCGAAUAUCUGCUGGCCGACCGGGGCUCUCCCUCUACGGCUCCUGGAGUGGAAAGUCAAACCCGGGUCUCUUGUUAACGUGGAUUCCGUGCUGGCUCUGUGUGCUCCCAUACCUCAGGAGAAGGGGACAGAGGCUGCCAGGCUCCCAGAGAGGAAGGUGAAAUCCAACCGUGCUGGAGUAGUGAAGGAGCUAUGCUGUCAACUUGGACAAGUCAUACCUCCCGGGGGCGUCAUCGUCAGAAUAGAAGAAUGCAGCCAUCCCAUAGUUAUGAAGGGUUUAUGUGCGGAAUGUGGCCAGGAUCUGACUCAGCUCCAGAGCACAAAUGGGAACCAGCAAACUCCCAUCUCCACAGCAACAGUCUCCAUGGUGCACAGUGUCCCCGAGCUGAUGGUCAGCUCUGAGCAAGCAGAACAGCUGGGCAGAGAAGACCAGCAGAGACUCCACCGGAACAAGAAGCUGGUCCUCAUGGUAGAUCUGGACCAGACACUGAUCCACACCACUGAACAGCACUGCCAGCGUAUGUCCAAUAAGGGCAUUUUCCACUUCCAGCUCGGCCGAGGGGAGCCCAUGCUCCACACACGACUACGCCCGCACUGCAAGGAAUUCCUGGAGAAAAUUGCCAAACUUUACGAGUUGCAUGUCUUCACAUUUGGGAGCCGCCUCUAUGCACACACCAUCGCUGGCUUUCUGGAUCCUGAAAAGAAGCUUUUCUCUCACCGAAUCCUUUCUAGAGACGAAUGCAUCGAUCCGUACUCCAAGACAGGGAAUCUUAGGAAUCUUUUCCCUUGCGGGGAUUCGAUGGUCUGUAUAAUCGAUGACCGAGAGGAUGUGUGGAAGUUUGCACCGAACCUCAUCACUGUGAAGAAAUACAUCUACUUCCAGGGCACAGGAGACAUCAACGCUCCGCCCGGGUCACGGGAAGCACAGAUGGCCAAGAAAGGAGGUCUCUCAAGUCGACCGGCAGAGAGCACAGAUCAAGGAGGGACGCCUGGUGCUGAUGAGCAAAAUAAUGGCCUCAAGAAGAGGGCAAAGGACCACAGUGCCAGUGCAAAGGAAGAGUCAGCAACACCUCAAUCUUCUCAGGGAGUACCAACAAAUGAACUGACCCACCCCACAGAGGCUGGGGAAGAUGAACUAGGGCAAAGUAAGGGGUCAGAGACUGAGACGGAGUCUGGGGCGGAGUCAAGGGCAACUCAGGUGGGAGACAAAACAAAUGUUAAGGAAGACGGGAGACGAGAGGCGCAGGAAGGUGCAAAUUCAUCAGCACCGAGCCAUGAAUCUAAUAACUUAGACUUUGACCUUUCCAGUGACAGUGACAAUGACUCCAUCACAGAAAAGCCUCCAUCAACAGACAGCGACAGUGAGGGUAGGUCGUGCCAGGCAAAGGAAUCCGGACAGGAAGGAGUCGUGCAGGAGCCCACUGAUGGGAAUGGGGCAAGAGAAGGGGAUAGUAAAGGUCGGGGUGACGGUGAAAACAGCUCUGAUGCAACAGAACCCUCAGGAGUUCUUCUCCCCGACCCCGAGCUUGGCAAUGGCUGCUCAGACAGGAAAGAGCCAGAAACAGAGUCCCAGAACAGUGAACUAUCUGGGGUUACCAUGGGUGAAGAGCUGCUGGACCAGAGUAUGGAAGAUGAGGAGGAGGAAGAGGAAGAAGCCGACAAUGACCAGGACGACCACCUGAUCUACCUGGAGGAAGUGCUAGAAAGGAUCCAUGCGGAGUACUACGCCCGCUAUGAGGCCUACCUGAGGAAGGAGGCCUCCGAAACACCGGACAUUCGCAAGAUUGUUCCAGAGCUGAAGGGCAAAACGCUGGAGGGCACGAUGAUAGUGUUCAGUGGUCUGUACCCCACCAACUACCCCAUGGAGAGGACGCGAGAGUUCUACCAUGCCAAAGCACUCGGGGCCAAGAUUGGCAAGAAUCUGGUUUUUAACUCCCAAGACCCCAAUCGGUCAACGCAUCUCAUCGCAGCAAGAGCCGGCACCGAAAAGGUUCGCCAGGCCCAAGGCUGCAAGUACCUUCAUGUUGUCAACCCUGACUGGCUGUGGAGCUGUCUGGAGCGCUGGGAGAGGGUGGAGGAGCAGCUGUACCCGCUGAAGGAGGAUUACUCUAAAACACCACGGAGCAACAGUCCAGCAACUUUUCCUGACAAUCAAGGCUCGCUGCAGAAGCCCAUUUUCCACCCAGCUCCCAUCCACCCCAGACCUCCUCCACCAGCUCCUGAGGUUCGGACCUACGACCCCGUCACAGGAAAGCUGAUCCGCAGGGGCCCGCCGGCGUCACGUCCGUCCCCCUUCCUCCAGGCGUCAGGGUCUCCAUCGCUCUCUGACCCCAGAGAGCAGCCUGGUCUUAGGGGAACUUCACAAAGUCAGCAAGAAGAGGCUUCUAGGUGCAGUCAAAGCGACGAGGACCCAGGACCGUCACGUCGGAAACGACAGCCGAGCAUGUCAGAAAUGAUGCCCCUGUACACGCUUUGCAAGGAAGACCUCGAAAGCAUGGACAAAGAGGUGGACGAAAUCCUCGGCGAGGAAAGCGACAACGAGAGUGACAACGAGAGUGAGGACCAAGGGAAGGAGAAGCCGAGUACCGAGGGAAUGGAGGAUGAGGAGAUGGUGGUGGAGGAGAAGAAGCAGCACCAGCACCAGCACCAGCAGCAGCAGCACCACCACCAACAGCAACAGCAGCAGCAGCCGCCGCCGCCACCGCCAGGGGCUGCACAGACAGCCGAGGGAAGGCUCGGUCCUCAGGCGCCCAGCGUGGAGGAGAGGCUUCAGACACCAUCCAGUGAGGCCACUCUGUCCCACAGUGUCCCAAG